GAAAGAGGGCGGUGGCUACGGAGACGCCGCUUCCGCCCGGGCCCAAGAUGGCGGCGCCCUUUGUCUGUUUCGUGUCACUCUGAGCGCCGCCGCCGCCGCCGCCGCCGCCGCCCGGGAUUAUGUGACGCGCGCCGGAUAGCAGGGCAUGAUUCGUGGGGCAGAGGGAAGCCUGAAUAGUCAGAGGAGGGGCGCCUGUGCUCAAGGGCCUCCUGCCUCUCUCCCCGCAGCCAUGGAUUUCCCUCAGCACAGCAAGCAGGUGCUGGAGCAGCUGAACCAGCAGCGGCAACUGGGCCUGCUGUGCGAUUGCACCUUUGUGGUGGAUGGCAUCGACUUCAAGGCCCACAAGGCAGUGCUGGCGGCCUGCAGCGAAUACUUCAGGAUGCUCUUUGUGGACCAGAAGGACGUAGUGCACCUGGACAUCAGCAACGCUGCAGGUCUCGAGCAGGUGCUGGAGUUCAUGUACACAUCGAAGCUGAACCUGAGCCUGGAGAACGUGGAGGACGUCUUGGCUGUGGCUGGCUUCCUUCAGAUGCAGGAGAUCAUCAGCGCUUGCAACUCCCUGAGGACUCUGUCGGCUCCGGCAGAAACUGCAGUGGAGAGCCCGGGGGGGACCCCGACAGAUGGGCAGCAGAAAACGGCUGGUGGGGAUAAAGAGGUGACAGAGACUCCCGGGGAUCUGGAGGAGACCCCACAGCCCCCACCCAGCAGCAUCCAGAAGGAGGUGGCCAUGGAUCCCACAGAGGAACAGGAGGAGGAGGCUGAAUGCGCAGCUGGCGAGGGCCCAGCUGUGGAAGAUGACGUCUCCUCCCGAGUGCCCGAGACCUCACAGGUGGAAGGCUCCUCCCCUGGGGAAAGCAGCGCUGCCCCAAAACUUGCCCUAUCCAGGGCUGGAGAGGCUGCUGAGCCCUCUGUCCUGAAGCUGCCCUCUGAGAUGGAGGUAGAGCUCGAAGGCGAGGUUGAGGGGACCGUGCCACCGGAGGCCGAGGUACCUUCCCAGGCCCACGAGCUGGCCAACGGCAACUCCCAGGAUGAGGAAGAGUCAGGGGGCUCGGACUCCGGGGCAGAAAAUGCAGGGGAGGCCCGGCUUCUGCGCUCGGGGACCUACAGCGACAGGACCGAGUCCAAGACCUACGGGUCGGUCACCCACAAGUGCGAGGACUGUGGGAAGGAGUUCACUCACACUGGCAACUUCAAGCGGCACAUUCGCAUCCACACCGGGGAGAAGCCCUUCACCUGCCGUGAGUGCAGCAAGGCCUUCUCCGACCCAGCAGCCUGCAAGGCGCACGAAAAGACACACAGCCCCCUGAAGCCAUACAGCUGUGAGGAGUGUGGCAAGAGCUACCGCCUGAUCAGCCUGCUGAACCUGCACAAGAAGCGCCACACCGGAGAGGCCAAGUACCGCUGCGAGGACUGCGGCAAGCUCUUCACCACCUCUGGCAACCUGAAGCGCCACCAGCUGGUCCACAGCGGGGAGAAGCCCUACCGGUGCGACUACUGCGGCCGCUCGUUCUCCGACCCCACCUCCAAGAUGCGCCACUUGGAGACCCACGACACCCACAAGGAGCACAAGUGCCCCCAUUGCGAGAAGAAGUUCAACCAGGUGGGGAACCUCAAGGCCCACUUGAAGAUCCACAUUGCCGAUGGACCCCUCAAGUGCCGGGAGUGUGGAAAGCAGUUCACUACGUCAGGAAACCUCAAGCGGCACCUGCGCAUCCACAGUGGGGAGAAACCGUACAUCUGUGUGCACUGCCAGCGGCAGUUUGCCGACCCGGGGGCUCUACAGCGCCACGUCCGCAUCCACACGGGUGAAAAGCCCUGCCAAUGCCUGAUCUGUGGAAAGGCCUUCACUCAAGCCAGCUCCCUCAUUGCCCACGUGCGCCAGCACACCGGGGAGAAGCCUUACGUCUGCGAGCGCUGCGGCAAGAGGUUCGUCCAGUCCAGCCAAUUGGCCAACCACAUCCGCCACCACGACAACAUCCGCCCCCACAAGUGCAGCGUCUGCAACAAGGCCUUCGUGAACGUGGGCGACCUCUCCAAGCACAUCAUCAUCCACACAGGCGAGAAACCCUUCCUCUGCGACAAGUGCGGCCGCGGCUUCAACCGUGUGGACAACCUCCGCUCUCAUGUCAAGACGGUCCACCAGGGCAAGGCCGGGAUGAAGGUGCUGGAGCACGGGGAGGGAGACGAGUUCAACAUUGUGACCGUGGCUUCCGACGAGAUGGUGACGCUGGCCACGGAAGCCCUGGCGGCCACGGCAGUCACACAGCUGACAGUGGUCCCUGUGGCAGCACCUGUCACAGCUGACGAGACAGAAGCCUUGAAGGCCGAAAUAACAAAGGCUGUGAAGCAAGUGCAGGAAGCAGGUGAGCAUCCACCUGGAAGCGUGUGGGCCACUACCCCCCCUCCAAAGGAGGCCCUUGGCUCACCUUUCUUAGUCACAGCUCAGAUCUUUGGUAACUGUGCAGAACACAAAGCAGGGCUGUUUCUAGAAGCUUGCAGUAUAGAAAUCUGGCCACAAGGGUGCAGCACCCCAAUGUGUGAGCAGCUGUUUCAUGCUCUUCCCCAUUCUUUGGCCUUUCAGGUGAUGGGGUUAAGCUUGAAAAGGGAUGCAACUCUUCGGGAAUGCAGCAUUGUUUGGGGAUACAGCCCCAUCACCCUUUGCUGUCCAUCCAUGUACCCCUAUAUAAAAGAGGGAAAUACUUUUAAAUGUACCUAAAUACAGGUUCACGGUGGUGGUUUUUAAAAAGGUACAUGUAAAUAAAAAGAACAUGUGCAUAGUAACAGUAAGGAGCUUCGCCCCUGGAUUUGCUUGUCUGAAAAUAGAAGGGCUUUGGUGGGGGGGGGGGCUUUGCCCUAAAUUCACCUCUGUCACCUGCCAUGCUGUAGGGGUCUGCUUACCCUCCAGCGGGGUGAGAGCCAUACCUGCCAAGUCCUGGACGGGAAAAUCCAGGAUCGGCAGCCGCGCGACACCGGGAGUUGCGUAGACACAACUUCCGGUGGCACUUUGCCCUUCUAUGGGCACCAGAAAAUGGCGGCGCCAACGCUGGAAGUCGCUUUACGCAUGACCAGAAACACGUAAAAGCAACUUCUGACGCCAUUUUCUGGUGCCCAUAGAAGGGCAAAGCGGCACCAGAAAAAUGGCUGCCGGCAGAAGUGGAUUUAAGGGAGAAUAACGGGAUAAUAACUGAUACGGGAGACCCCCAGAAAACGGUAGGAAAAAGGGGGGUUUCCCGGCGAAAAUGGGAUACUUGGCAGCCAUGGUAAGAGCAGUGGGUGUGCACAAGUUUUCAAAGUGCACUUUGUUGUCGGGCUCAAUUGCACUAGGCAUUUAAAAUGUCAUGCCACUUUAAACAAGUCCUGUCAUCCCCCAAAUAAUCCUGGGAACUGCAGUUCUUUGGUGCCAAGUGUAGUGCAGAGCCCCCCCCCCCCCGGUUUCUCCCCACAGAGCUCCAUUUCUCAGUGUGGUUUAACACUUAAUACCUCUUCGCAGUGAACUCUAGGAAUUGUAGUCCUGUGGGAGAGCCCUUACACCUUGUCUCAGCACCUGUGACAAACUACCCCUCCCUGGGUUUCUUUAUGGGAAGCUAUGAUUUGUAGGAUGGGAGGCUGGGGGCCACAGAUGGGACUGACCACCCUGGCUCUCCUGCAAUUUGCUGUCUUCUGGCUUUGUCCUGUCUUUCCAGAUCCAAACACCCAAAUCCUGUACGCUUGCGACUCCUGCGGGGAGAAGUUCCUGGAUGCCAACAGCCUGGCCCAGCACGUCCGCAUCCACACAGCCCAAGCCCUGGUGAUGUUCCAGGCAGACACAGACUUUUACCAGCAGUAC